CCUGCCUGAGGCGUGUGCGUCACAUUUGACAAACGCCAGCUGUCAUCCGGGGAAAGUGGGCAGUGGUGUUUGCGAAAAUCGCGAAAAUCGGCGGAAAUGGUGGACAAACUGGUGAACAGCGAGGCCAACACCAGGCGGAUAGCCACGGUGGAGAGCUGCUUCGGGAACUCGGGCCAGCCGCUGGAGGUGCCCGGACGCGUGCUCGUCGGGGAGGGCGUGCUGGUGAAAAUGUGCCGCAAGAAACCCAAGACUAGGCAGUUCUUCCUGUUCAACGACAUACUAGUGUACGGGAAUAUCAUCAUCAACAAGAAGAAGUAUAACAAGCAACAUAUCAUUCCGCUGGAGGAAGUCAAACUCGAGAAUUUAGAAGACGACAAUCAAUUUCGGAACGGCUGGCUCAUCCGCACCGCCUCCAAGUCCUUCGCGGUUUACGCCGCCACCGCCACCGAGAAGCAGGAGUGGAUGGCGCACAUAAACAAAUGCAUCGAAGAUCUGUUAAGGAAGAGCGGGAAGAAAGCCGUCGAGGUACACGCAGCCGUUUGGGUCCCCGAUGGUGAAGCUUCAGUCUGCAUGCAUUGUAAAAAGUCACAGUUCACUUUGAUCAACAGGAGGCACCACUGUCGGAAAUGCGGAGCGGUGGUCUGCGGGCCAUGCUCAAAUAAGCGAUUUUUAUUGCCAAACCAGAGCUCCAAGCCGUUGAGAGUAUGUUUACAUUGUUACGACGUUCUCACGUCGGCCAAAAACCACACCACCACUACGGAUAAUUUGCAGAAGGAUCGAAAUAAUGCUGACUCGUCUGGGGAGGAAGACUCGGAUGACGAUGACGAAACAAACAGACAACCAGAAUCCCACGAUUUGCCUAAAUUCUACGGCGACAGCGAAAAAACUGAAGAAGUCCAUUGAGAAAAAAAGCAACCACUUCCAGCGCGCCCACGAAAGUAACAAUAGAGUAAAGUAAGUAAUUAUAUUUUUAAUAUGAAAUGAUUGUACUAUGUAUCUGUAGAGCGUAUUAUGUAGAUAUUGAGAACUGGUUGAUUUUUCUGUUAUUUUUGUAAACAAUUACAAAUUCGAUGAAUUUAAGCUUGCUCAAAUUUAUACUUCGCGUAAUCUACACUUCUUGAUAUUUACAUGAUAUCAGUCUGUUAUUUUAUCAUAAGUAUUUAAGUUGUAACUAAUAUUUUACUGGUGGAUUAGGUCCUGUCCAAAAUCAAAGCAUGUACAUUUUAGCAACUGUGAUAUAAGUUGGCCUAUGUAAUGAAUGUUUCUAAGGGAAAGGGGGGAAAUGUAUUUUUCUGUGUCAACUUGUACACAAUUGGAAGACAAAUCCGUCCAGUUGUGUACCAAAUAUGUUAAUCAUCACAGUACACAGUAACACGAUUGUUGAAAUAAUUAUACGCAAUUAAAACAUUUAUAUUA